AUGUUCUCUCUUGUUCACCUUCCAACAUUGGUCUCAUUCCUGACAGUCAACAUGUACAACCUUGCACUGUUUACGAAGUCACCCAGUGUAGGUGUCGACCCCUCAGCCAUCAUGGGAUGGUUACCCGCGUCCCCUCCAGCAUACCUGUCGCCCCACCUCACCCCUCGCAAUGUUACCUUCCGAUGCUCUCCGCCCUAUAUUCACGAUUCAGUUCCCUCCACUCUUGGCUCGAUGCAGGAAUUGACCCCCAGUCCACCAUCUCAGGAUUGCCCAUCGCCACGUCUAAUUCACGAUAUUGUUACCAUCCUGUCCACUUCUGCAACACAGGAAACUGCCCAGCCGGAGCCCAUGCCAAGGGCUAGGGCGUCCCCGAUAAUUAAGUUGGAGACAUUGCCUGAUGCAUCUAUACUGCGCGUGUUCUCCCCAAAUCAAGAGGAGCGUUACAUUUUUUCUAGCUACGACAAUUUUUCGUUCCCUUCCUCCAACAAUAUGUUUCCGCCAAGGCAGACCACGGUCGAGCCAGAUCUCAGCAUCUACAAUGAUCUACAUCCAUCGCCCAUUCUCAACGCGCACAUGGGAAUUGAGUUGUCUGAGCUCACCUUCAGAGCCGAACGCUAUAGGGCACGCCAUUCUGUACAAGAGAUCGAUCGAGGAUGGUUGAUGCAUUUCGCGGGCAAGUUGAGCGACCGCGGAGAGCUUAUAGAAGAGUUCCGAUGUUACGUCGUCGGGUGUGACCAGAGGAACAAGCGCCGAGAUCACAUCAUUGUACACGUCGGGGCUCACGUUGAUCAACGGCCAUUCAGCUGUUCCAUGUGCCCACAACGGUUCCUCCGCAAGAAUGAAUGCAAACGUCAUGAAGCGAGCCAUACUGGCGUGAGACCCUAUCAUUGCGAAAUUUGUGGGCAGACCUUCGUUCGUCAAGAUCUGCUGAAGAGACAUGCCAAGCGGACCCAUGGAUUAGAGAAGGGCUCACGCCGUAAGAAAGCAAGGACUGAGUGAUUGAGUAAUCAGCAGAGCUUUCCUUGGCCGACAAUGGAGACACUUUCUAAUAUUGGUGACAGUCAAAUUAAUCAAGAUUUGUUUGGCUGAUGAAAUUGUGAAAGACAUUGAUUGAAAACAUUGAUGUUGCGAUGGCGAAGGUUUUACAACUCGCAAUGUGCCUCAGAAAAACCUAUGUUUGGAGUGCUGAAUGCGCAUGACACGAAUUUUCAACGGUAUAGUAGUAUAGAGGGAAUAACUGUCUUGUGUUGUGACAAUGUGACGCGUGUGAUGUGUCACU